AUGCAUCUCUUCGAGCUGCUCCCCUCUGUUAUUGCUCUUGCUACUCCUGCCUUUGCGAAAGGCGGUUUUGGAGACUUUACAACACAAGCUGUGCUCUACACCGAGCGAAGCAUGCAAGGCGAUAAUCUUGGUAUUCGCGCUAGCCAUAUUGAUCGCUGCGUCACUCUGGACGAUAUUGUAUACCGCAACGUUGGCUCGAAAGAGGCGUUCAGAAUCCCAGCCAGCUUUGGGUUCUCUGCAUUGGUCGCCCGAUGUACUCUAUAUUCCACCGAUGGAUGUGGUGAUUCGCUUGAUAUUGGCACCCUGGCCACGACUGAUGCUCUCGACAGCACUGAUGUUGCAGCGAUAUCCUAUACCUUGAAUGUCGACGAUGGGAAAUAG